AUGGAGAUGUACAAUGCCAGGGGAGCUUGGACAAAAGGACCUGUUGGUUAUAAGGUACCCACCUAUGGGUCAUCAACCAUAAGGCAGGUCUUUGAGAUAGUAUUCCUGAGAGAAAAUGAAGAAGAAUGGUGA